AUGAGGAAGGUGUUUGGCAAUUGGCAAUGGACUGCUAAUUAUGAUGAGGCACCUGGUGGCAGGAUUUGGAUUAUUUGGGACCAAACAAAGGUGGAGUUUGAGGUAAAACAAGUCCAUGAAAAAUACAUAGCAGGACAGGUGGUUCUGAGGCAGUACAACAACAAGUUCAUAUUUGUUGCAAAGAUAGUCAUGGGGAAUCCAGUUCAAGAAGGGGAAGUGACAGAUUUCAAAAAAUUCAUAGCUGAUGUUGGACUAGCUGAACUCAAAACAAUUAGGAGAAAUUACACCUGGACAAACAACCAUGUUCAUAGCAGAAUAGAUAGAAUACUUGCCAAUGCAGAGUGGAUACAAAAAUGGCCUAAUAUGGAGGGAACUAUUAUGCAGCCAGACUUUUCGGAUCACUGCCCUCUAAUGGUUACUGUUGCCAAACCUACUGGGAGGGGAAAAAGACCAUUCAAAUUCUUUAAUUGCUUAGCAGACCACCAUAAAUUUGAUGAUAUUGUCAGGCAAUGUUGGAUGAAGAGAAGUAAGGGAAAGCCAAUGCUGAAGGUGUGGUACAAACUAAAACACCUGAAAAACGAUCUGAAGCAAUUAAACAAUGAGGAGUACAACAGUGUGGAGCCAAAGAUCCAAGCAGCAAGGAACAAGUUGAUGAACAUCCAAAUGGGAAUGGCAUCUCCGAAAACUGAUGAUGAAGUGAUAGCAUUAGAGAAGGAGACAAAAGUUGAACUGGUAAAAUGGCUGGAAGUGGAGGAAAGUAUUAUGAAGCAGAAGGCAAGAAUCAAAUGGCUUAAAGUAGGGGACUCUAACACAGCUUAUUUCCAUGUUUAUGUAAAAAAUAGGCAGGCAAGAAACCACAUAGGCAGACUGAUGGACAACACAGGAAAACUUCUACAAAGUGCUAAGGAGGUAGAAGAGGAGAUUCUAAUCUUUUACAAAAGAUUACUUGGUACAACAGCCUCAACACUACCAAUAGUUGAUCCAGAUGUUAUGCAGAAUGGACACACUUUGAACAGGCAGCAACAAAUGUAG